AGCAAAACAAACAUACGCCACAGGUUUCGCCACAUAAAUUAUUUGUAGUGUUUCGACAACAAACUCGCGGAAAUCAAGAAAAUAAACUACAAACAAAACCGAUCUCCACGAGUGCCCUCGUACAAGAUGGCUGUCUUCCUAGACGAAAUUUUGGUUCACAUUUUUGAAUAUUUCGACGCUUACACAUUGACAAGAAUCGCUUUGGUUUGCAAGCAGUGGUCAAACUUUUCUAGAACUCCUCGACUAUGGAGAAGUUUAGUUCUGCAAAAAUGGCCUUCGCAAAGAUUUCUGUACAAGAAUGUCCCAGUUACUUGUGAAAAUUGGUACAAAGUUUAUCAAGAUUUGUACUUGAGGGGAAAAUACUCUCCUGACGACAUGAAAUAUUUUAUUUCUUGUCGAGUUGGUGAAGACGAACUUGACGUUGAAGAACUCAGAGAAGCCAUGUUGCUACACACGGCUAAAGUCGUCAUGAAGUGGACUUUAGCCGAGCCGUUUGAAGCAGAAGAAAAUGGAAGUUUCCCUCCUUUCGAUAGCAAUUUCGAUUUUUAUUACGAUACUCACGACUUCAAGUGGAAGUUCAUUGAUAAGAGACAAGAAUAUAUAGAGGACUUAAUGGGGUACAAAUUGUCGACGAAGAUGUCGCGAAAAUCCAGGUAUAUUAGACCGUAUCAGGUGAUUCCCAGUUGUCUCAUGUUGUACCGAUGGCUGUCGUUGUUUCGUUCUAUCGCUACUAUAGAAGAAGGGCUGACGUUUUAUAGAAUUUGGCGCCAUCACAUCAAACACAGGGAAACGGGGAUGCUUUUUGAGAUGUGUGAUUGGAAAGCCGCUAUGUCUUGUACUUUCCUGAAGGGCAAACCUGCUUCUGGUCCUUACGCGAAUGACUGCUUAGAACUCAUGGAUUUAUUAUCCCAUCCACACUUCAUAAUGCAUCCCCUGGGAAUGCCUAGUGCUAUUGUCAAGAAAUCGUCACUUUUGUCCCCACCAUCUGGAAUGAGUCGUCAAACGUCUGUUUCCUCACUUAUUUCAAAUGUACCGAGGUCACUGGGUGGGUCCAUGGAUAGGCUGUCAGAGGGUAGAGUCAGCUGGAUGCGAGGGACAAGUGGAACGGAAAGUGAUGAUGAAUCAGAGCUUGUCUAUGACGACAGUGGAUAUUAUGCAAACUGUGAAUACUUCAUAAGUAUCAGUCAUUGGGACAUCGAGGAACAGCAUACCAUUCAGUCAAGUGUAGCAGAGCUGUGGUCUGUCACUCAAACAACCAUGGAGCCACAACUAUAUCUUUCAUUUGAUGCUCUAGAGGAAAACUGGUACUUCUAUACUUACAAUUCAUUCAGCAACUCCAAUAGUCUGUCACCCAUAGACAAGAAUGGACACAGUGAUGAUCAUGACCUGCGACCCAUCUCAGAGAGCCUGUCUAAGCACAUUUUGGAUCGGUUCCAUGGUUUUGCAAUAGAGCCAAUUCCUAGCUGCCUUGCACUGUAUAGACUUAUUUGUUUGUUUGAUUUGAAUGCAAAUAAUUAUGUAAGCACAAAGGAAGGUACAAUUUGGUCUGUCACUGUGGUCCACAAUCAAACUGGAGCUCGGCUGAACCUCAAAGACACAAAUGGUUGGUUUGAAGCUUCAGUGUGCCUCACAGAUGAACUUAUGGAUCAACUCAAUACUUCACAAACUCACUCUAACAAUGAAAUGAUCAGUUAUAACACACCACCAAAUGACGUAUUGGUAGCAGAUUUACAGCCACCAUUACAGUGGAAUGAUGAAUAUGAUGGAGAUGAUGAUGAUGAUGGUUAUGAUGACACAGAUGAAGAUGAUGAUGAUGAUGAUGACAAGUAUGAUGACAUUGACCAACACAGCUAUAUUUCCAGACGCAGUCAAGAAAGUCAGAAUAUUGAAGAACUUGUGCCACAAGAUGCCGAAGCAGAAAGGAUUGGCAAUGUCAUUAAUAUAAUCAAUGAGAACUACAAUAGUGAUGAUUCUGCUAAUCAGGGGGGUGCAGACUAUCUGCUAGAACCGGUUGGUGUCGCUGCUGAGCCAAAUAAUGCUGAGCAAACCAACCUUGAAUUAUUCAAAUAUGAUGUUGUGUGCUUGUUGAAUCUACUUAUCAAUGAGAAAUUUGGGCAUCCAUAUGGAGCCAUUGCUGGUGCUGUUGCAUAGCUUAAAAUAAGCUUGGGAAAUUUUGCAUUAAAUAUAUAGUUGUGAAAGGUCUGUGGCCUAAAAAUUGCUUUUCAUAAAAGCUGUACGUUUUAAAUUUGGAGAUGAUGCUACUUUGGUACUAAAGCUCUUUUCAAGCAAUAUAUACAUAGAAAUAGAUGGAACUAUUAAUAGUUUGUAAUCAUUCCCAAGGGAAUCCUGAGAAAAAAAACUAGACAAUUGGCGGCCAUGUUGGUGGUAAUGGGAAAGUCGGCCAAUGUAUGAUAAAUACCGCUAUCAUGGCUGCAAUGAUAUAACCUAAAAACGAAAAAUAAAUGGAAUUUUGUGGGUCAACAUGAUAAUUUAAUUCUUUUAAUUCAUUAAUCAUUUCUUUAUUAUUUUAUUAGCACUAUUUCGACAUGUUGAUGGUUUUCACGGUGGCCAUGUUGAAGGUACUUAACAAAAGAAUUGUCAAUGAACUGUUUUGUUAUAUCCUCCAACAUGGCUGCCGUGUCUUGUUAUUUAAUUCUCUUGGGAAUGGUUGAAAACCAUCAAUAGGCAGUGCAAUUCAUCAUAGCCUGGUUCAGCUUAGCCUGUAAAAUGGAGGCAUAUUAAAUUGAUCUUUAUUGAAA